AAACUUAAUCUUUGAUUAACUUAAAGAAAUUUUUAAAAGAUCUUACCCUUGAUCAAAAAUCACCAAAACUUAAAAGCAAAAAGCAUUUCUUUUAUUCAAUUUUUUUUCUUAAUGUCAUAAGCAAAGAAGCAAAUCUUUUGUUCAAUUUUUUUCUUUAAAUGUUCGUAAGCAAUCAUCCUUUCAUAUCAAUUGUGACUAGUAUAUGAAAGGCUUUCCCGCCGCACGCCUCUCUCCUACCCAUUUCUUCGGAAAAACAGAAACCACAACUGUUGAGUAUUUCGUCCUCUUUGUCUCUGCAAAACCCUAAAUCGCAACUGUUGUCCUCUGUAAAAAAUGAAGCUGCGUUCUCGUCCUUCGUCGUCUUCGGCUAAAGGAGAACAAAGCAGCCGAUAUCUGGACAGCUCUGAUGAGGAUGACGUUCUUGGUAUAUCCUCGGAUUCUGAUUACAUUGGAAGCAGUGAUGAAGAUGAGACAGAUGAAGCAAAUGAAGCAAGCAAUUUGUUGAACGAAGCCCAAGCUAGUGGAGUUCUUGAUAAUAAUUUAGCAGAGGAAGUUCGGUCAGUUAUUAAAAAGAGCCAAAAGAGUAAUAAAAAAAAAGAAGAGCAGGUAGUAGAAGAAGAGCAUGAAGAUUGGGUAAUGAAUGAAGUAGGAGGGGGUGGUGAAGUAGAUGAUGGCUAUCUCCUAUUGAUGGGGAGGAUAGAGGAUAGGAAGAAGAACCGUGACAAGAAUAAAAAGAAGAGACCCACUUUGAAGUGGGAGAUCUGGGAAGAAGAGAACGAUAGGUGGAUGGCUGUAAACUAUACAAAUGAUCUAGACUUUAAUAGUCAGAGCGAGUUGGGGACUGAAACAACUGAGCCACCAUCUGAUUUGAUCACGCCGUUGCUGAGGUACCAGAAAGAGUGGUUGGCUUGGGCGUUGAAGCAAGAAGAAUCUACUGCUAGGGGCGGUAUUCUUGCUGAUGAGAUGGGGAUGGGGAAGACGGUUCAAGCCAUAGCUCUUGUGCUUGCUAAACGCGAAUUAGGACAAGCUGUUUCUGAUUCCAGUUUGCUCUCACCUGCCCCUUGUACUUCACAAGAGCUCCCAGCAGUUAAAGGAACCCUAGUCGUAUGUCCUGUUGUGGCUGUGAUUCAGUGGGUCAGUGAGAUUGACCGCUUCACCACUAAAGGAAGCAACAAAAUUCUUGUUUAUCAUGGUGCCAACAGGGAGAAAAAUAUUGAAAAAUUCGCGGAAUAUGAUUUUGUUAUCACUACGUACUCCACAGUGGAGGCUGAGUAUAGGAAAAAUGUGAUGCCACCAAAACAAAAAUGCGAAUGGUGUGGAAAGGCUUUUUAUGAACAAAAGCUGUCUGUUCACCAGAAGUACUUUUGUGGACCAGAUGCUGUUAAAACUGCUAACCAAUCGAAACAGCAGAGCAAGAAGUCAAAGCCUGGAGGAAGAAUGUCAAAGCUGAAAAAGGACUCUAUUGAAAGCAAGGAUAAGACAAACAGUGAUUCAGAGAUUGAUACGCGUGGACGAGGUCGUGGGAAGGGCAUAAAGCGCAAGAGCGAGACUGAUUCUAGUUCUAUUGAUAAUUCAGCCAGCAUCGGUCAAGAUAUGUCCAUGCGGAAGUCAAUUUUACACUCCGUGAAAUGGAAUCGCAUCAUUUUGGAUGAGGCCCAUUAUGUGAAAGAUAGACGCUGCAACACUACAAGAGCUAUUCUUGCGCUAGAAUCUUCUUAUAAGUGGGCCUUAAGUGGUACUCCCCUCCAGAACCGUGUAGGAGAGCUGUACUCACUUGUACGUUUCCUGGAAAUUACUCCUUACUCGUACUACUUCUGCAAAGAUUGUGAUUGCAGAGUUCUCGACUAUAGCGCAUCCUACUGCCCAUGUUGCCCCCACAAAUCUGUUCGGCACUUUUGCUGGUGGAAUAGAUAUAUUGCUUCACCCAUACAAUCUCAAGGGAAUCAUGGGACUGGUAGAGAUGCGAUGGUUUUGUUGAAACACAAAAUUUUGAAAAGCAUAUUGCUAAGACGUACUAAAAAGGGAAGGGCUGCUGAUCUUGCACUUCCUCCAAGGAUUGUUACCUUGCGCAAAGAUUCUUUGGAUGUUAAAGAAGAAGAUUACUACACAUCACUGUACAAUGAAAGCCAGGCACAAUUUAAUACAUAUAUUCAAGCUGGUACCUUGAUGAAUAACUAUGCUCACAUUUUUGAUCUACUCACACGCCUGCGACAGGCAGUUGAUCAUCCUUACCUUGUGGUAUACUCAACUACUGCUUUGGCUAGAAGUGGAAGCACAAAUGAUGCUGGUUAUGUUGAACAGCAACCAUGUGGUUUAUGCCAUGAUCCAGUAGAAGAUCCAGUUGUUACUUCUUGCACUCAUGUCUUUUGUAAGUCAUGUCUGAUAGAUUUUUCUGCAAGUGUGGGACAAGUUUCAUGCCCUUCAUGUUCUAAACCACUCACUGUGGAUUUCACCGCAAAUGAUGAGGGGGAUCAAAAAUCUAAAGCGACUAUCAAAGGGUUUAAGUCCUCAAGUAUACUGAACAGAAUCCGUCUAGAUGAUUUCCAGACAAGCACAAAAAUAGAUGCUUUGAGAGAAGAAAUAAGGUUCAUGGUUGAAAGAGAUGGUUCUGCAAAAGCAAUAGUCUUCAGCCAAUUCACAUCAUUUUUGGAUCUGAUACACUAUUCUCUACAGAAGUCGGGUGUCAGUUGUGUUCAAUUAGAUGGAUCCAUGACUAUGGCUGCAAGAGAUUCUGCAAUUACAAGAUUUACCAAUGAUCCAGAUUGCAGGAUAUUCCUUAUGAGCUUAAAAGCCGGAGGUGUCGCCCUCAAUCUUACAGUGGCAUCACAAGUUUUCUUGAUGGAUCCUUGGUGGAAUCCUGCUGUGGAGCGGCAAGCCCAAGAUAGAAUCCAUCGAAUAGGGCAGUAUAAACCAAUCAGGAUUGUGAGAUUUGUGAUUGAGAAUACAAUUGAGGAGAGGAUCUUAAAGUUGCAAGAGAAGAAAGAACUAGUUUUUGAAGGGACGGUCGGUGGUUCUUCCGAGGCCUUGGGAAAAUUAACAGAGGCAGACUUGAAGUUCUUGUUUGUAACCUAAAGAAAGCUUAUGUUCUGUUACUUGGUUUGGCAAGAAAGAACAUUUGAUCUUUGUUUAGUUUCUUGCUCGAAUUUUGUCCCUUUUGUUGUUUUUGCCAAGUAGGGAAGGCAAUAAUUCUUUUUAUCUGCCAGUGGGUUUUUCAUUUCAUUAUUUGUUUUUCUUUCGCAUCUCCGUGUAUCAUACUGUUCUCAUUAAACAUAGAGCUUUAAUAUAUGAAUUGCUUACGUUUAGGUAGGCAAAGCUUAAUUUAUUACUA